AGUCCGCUCCUGACGGCUCGGAAAAGAACUCUAUCGUUGACGUUACUGUGAAUACCAACAACGACGUACGGCCAUCAUCAUCACUGGAGAUGAGAAUAGUGAAAUCCCGCCUGCAUCUGCGUGGUGGCGAGCUGAGCCACAUGGCGUUCGAUCAAGAAAAGACUUGCCGCGACAGUGGAGU